CACAGCCGAGAGGAAUCCAGCUGUGGAGAGCGGACUGUAGCCGGCGGGUCCCGUAGCCCUCGCCGUAGACAGCAGCGCGCGGGGCAUCGCCCGAGGGUGCAGGGCGCAACGACCCGGAGGAGCCGGCCAGGAGCCCCGCGCAGUCCUUGCCGCGCGGCGCCGCCCCGAUCCCCGCAGCCUGCAGCGCUCCCGCCGCCGGUCCGGGCAGCAUGAGGCGCGCGGCGCUCUGGCUCUGGCUCUGCACGCUGGCGCUGCGCCUGCAGCCGGCUCUCCCGCAAAUUGUGGCCACAAAUGUGCCCCCCGAAGAUCAGGACGGCUCUGGGGAUGACUCUGACAACUUCUCUGGCUCCGGUGCAGGUGCUCUGCAAGACAUCACCCUGUCACAGCAGACCCCGUCCACCUGGAAGGACAUGGCGCUUCUGACGGCCGUGCCCACGGCUCCAGAGCCCAGCGGCGUGGGGAACACCGCCGCCUCCACCUCCGUCUUGCCCACGGGAGAGGCACCUGAGGAGGGAGAGGCGGUGCUAGUGGCCGAGGUGGAGCCUGGCUUCACCGACCGCGAGAAGGAGACCACCCACCCACCCAGUGAGACCACGCCGCACCCAACCACUCACCGGGCAUCAACAGCGAGAGCCACCACGGCCCAGGGGCCUGCCACCUCCCACCCCCACAGGGACAUGCAGCCCUCGGUUCCGGCGGGACCCCGCCAGCUCGACCCGCACGCUCCCAGUGUGGAGGACGGAGGUCCCUCUGCCACCGAGAGGGCCGCAGAGGAUGGAAUCUCCACUCAGCUCCCGGCCGGAGAGGGCUCUGGGGAGCAGGACUUCACCUUCGACCUGUCUGGGGAGAACGUGGCCGGGACGGCUGUGGAGCCUGACCGGCGGAAUCAACCCCCAGUGGACCAUGAGGCCUCACAGGGCCUGCUGGACAGGAAGGAAGUGCUGGGAGGGGUCAUCGCUGGAGGCCUCGUGGGGCUCAUCUUUGCCGUGUGCCUGGUGGGUUUCAUGCUGUAUCGGAUGAAGAAGAAGGACGAGGGCAGCUACUCCUUGGAGGAGCCGAAACAAGCCAAUGGCGGAGCCUACCAGAAGCCCAGCAAGCAGGAGGAGUUCUACGCCUGACGGGGACCGUGCCCCGCCUCCCCCUGCCACUCGCUAGGCCCCCACUUGGCUCUCCCAUGAAGCACCGCAGGCCCCGCCACCAUGCCACCUCCCCAGCGCCCUGCGCACGGACCCCCGGGUGCGCUGGGGGCUCUCCACUCUGCUUCUCUGACUGCUGCCUGGAGACCUGGGUGCAGGGGCUUUCUCGCGCGUGACCUUCCCGCCACAGCCGGCACCUGGCACCGCCUUCUUCUGACUCAGUUUCUCCAACCUGGAGCAGCCUCUCCCCAGGCCCAACUCUGGAGGGAGAGGCAACCCUGCCGCUGUGCCCCGGCCGGGCCCGCUGGCUGGGGCUGGUACAUCUAUAGCACUCGCUGGCAGAGACCCCCGAUCGGGGGCCUUUCCACCCCCCAGGGGCGGGGAGAGGAGUUCAGAGCUCCAUCGGAUCCACAUCGUUUUGUGUGGGGGGGGUCUCUUUUAGAUUUCAACUUGUUUUUGCACAUGUUUCCUCUAGUUUCUCUGUUCGUAGCCCAGUAGACUUUGUUACUUCUGAGGUAAGUUAAGUAAGUUGAUUCGGUUACCCCCGUCUUGCUUCCCUAAACUACGGCAAGGAGACAGCAUCAGGGUUCAGACUUUUUAUUGUGCUUUUUGUUUUUUGUUUUUUAAACUAGGAGAACCCAAUCUGAAAGCCAACAUAUAGGUCUAGUUUGUGUUGUCUCUGAGUUUGUCACUCACGCGUGCAACAGGGUAUGGAAUGUCUGCCGGGCCGCCCCGCGGCUGGGCUGGCUGAUCCCGGCUGCCCACGGGCAGUCACCUCUGGGGCGGCCGUGCCCGCGCCCGUGGACCAGGGCCGCCGCCGUGGGCGGCCUGCGGCGAAACGGAGGAGCCACGGGAGAACGGAGUCCUGGCACCUCUGGCUGGGGACCGAGGGGAGAGGACUGUGGGGCGGGAGAUGGGGCAGUGGCCCCAGAGAGCCUCCCGCAGACUGAGCCCUGCCUUGGGUGCCCCAGAAAAUGUCUCUGGGGGACAUUUUCUUCUGGAAGGUGGCGUGAGGGGUCUGGGCACACCCGGCACGGAGCCGUUCCACGCAGGACCAGGCUGACCUUCGAUGAGCUCCUGUGGCCCUGCCCUGGAAUCAGGAAUGUUCCAAAGAGUGAUAGUCUUUUGCUUUUGGCAAAACUCUACUUAAUCCAAUGGGUUUUUCCCUGUACAGUAGAUUUUCCAAAUGUAAUAAACUUUAAUAUAAAGUAGUCAUGUGAACUCUCCUGCCUUUACUUCUUCUCUCUGUGCUGGUCGUGUGGACGUGAUCAGCCUUUUCUCUAAACACAGAUGAUAUUGGGAAACUCGGCCAAAAACUCUGUGCCUUUAUCUUUCCCUUGGGGAGGGAUUCUGGGGCCAGAGUCCCUCUGGUUUGUUUGCUUUUCGUUUUUUUGUCUUUGCUAAAAUUCUCCUGGAGGUCAGUAGGUUCAGCCAAGGUUAUAGAAGGCCUGAUAUAAAUUUCUGUGUGGCCAAGCCCAAAGCACUGUCUCCUCAACGCUGGAGAAACUGUGGCGGCUCCAGCCCGUCUUCGGCGGCGGCCACGGGCCCCACAGCGACCCGGAGCCAAGGCCUGCCUCUCAGACACCUUGGACGGACCUCCUCUCACACCUUUGCUAGGACCCGAGGCCCCCAGCCCAGGCCUCCUGGGAACCCCUCUACUUGCCUAUUUAAUUUGACAACGUUCCAGCUGCUCUGUUGGCUGUUCCAGGAGAGGGGCCGUCUGUGACGCAGAGAGAGGCACCGUCAAGCGAAGGGAACCUGUGCUCUGUGUUCGAUACUGGGACUACCUGGAGUGUGUGACUGGACACAACUGGAGGGGGGAGGGCGUGGGGGAAAGGGUGGGGAAGGGGUCCGCAACUGCUCAUCUCUGCUCAUCCCCGGAUGGCGCCGAGCCUGUGGCUGGGCCCAUUCAUGUAACUGUAAUAAACGGCACUUGUCAUUU